AUGACGGCGGAUCAGAAUGUCUUAAGUUUUAAACGUCUUAGAGUCUCUUACUCUGACCGUAUUCACGGUAAUUUUUUACGCCUUCCUAGUGCAGUGGCUUCUGUCCUUGAUUCUUCAAAUGUUCCAAUUCAUGAGCUGGGGAUCCUGCUCCAACCUGGAGAUUGUCAUGUGGGCUGGGACGGGCACGAGUCCACGAAGCCGAGUAUCGACGGCAUUCCUGUGGUUGAGAUAAACCCUAUCCUUGCAGCUGAGUACGGCGUUGCCGAGGGGCAGUUUGUCGACAUCCACGUGACCAGAUAUGAAGAGUCACGUGUUGCAACUGAAGUUCAUGUUGAGCCUCUGACGUCUGACGACUGGGAAAUUAUUUCGAGCCAUGUAGCGUUCUUUCAAGAUGAAAUACUCUUCCAGACAAGACUAGUUGCCACUGGGAGCCGGUUACUUUGCUACUUGGAUCAGAUUGUUGGUCGAUUUUUAGUUAAGAAGGUGGUGCCGAAUCUUGGUGCAGCGCGUAUAUCUGCCGAUACGGAAUUGAUAAUAGCCCCUCGAGAAAACGAGGCACGCAACUUGAACAAAGUUGACCGUGAAGCAUCUAAUAGUGCAUACAGUCCGCUGUUCAGACGGACUGGUUACGCUUACGCAGCCUCCGGGAAAUUUCAAGGUCCUGUAAUUGAAUUGGCCCCUGCUGACGCCGAGUACUGUUCCAAAUCGUCGCUUGCUUAUGUCACGUUGAUCAGAAACCCACUUGAACCUUCCACGCUCCCGGAUAUGGUCGCUACUCAUAUUGCGGCGCAUGUUGUGAUUGGAGAGGAUCGCCAAGAUAACAGGGCAAGGCUUUCACGUGACCUAUGGGAUUUACUAGGUGUUCAGCGUGCUUGCGGCGAGCGGAUACGUGUUGCUUUGCUUACUGACUCUGUAUCUGACGCUGCUGAAGCGGUCCUGAUCCUACAUUCCGUGAAGGGUUCUCAUCUGCUGACUGCGUCUCAAGCACCGGAGGUGGCGCGGGAGCUACAGGAGUGGAUUUUGACUGACCGCCUUUGGAUACCGCGGUGGGGAGCGGUAAUUGAAUUGCGAUCAUCUAAUGGGUCCCGUGUGCCGUAUGGCCGUUGUUCCGAUUGGCGGUGGGCAAAGAAAGCGCUCGAACAGCCGACUUUAUCACAGGCUAUAUCUCAAGCUAGUAGUAGACUACAACCAACUUCAUCACCACCGCGUGAGCUGAUUGGGCUUGAGUCCUUUGUAUCUGACCUAGUGGCGGCCUUAAGUGCACCCUCGGGUAUCGGGCCACAUUGCCAUUUUGUACACGGCCGUAAGGGUAUGGGUAAGACCGCAAUACUAAUGCAUAUUGCUGAGGUAUUGCAGGAGAAACAUCAUCGUUAUGUGGCGUACAUCGACUGUUCUACGUUGCUGGAUACCAGCAAUGUCGCUAAGAUGAAGCAGAUGCUGCUGAAGCAGCUAGCAAUUGCAUACUGGAGAUCACCUUCAGUUCUACUGUUUGAUAACGCAGACUUCCUCUUCCCAAGCUCAAAACAAGCCACUGGAGCUCCUGCGCCAACUGUCGCGCAGCCUGCCACCAAGCUUGCCCAAGUUCUCGUCUCAGGUCUACCUGAUAAUACUAGGGUCGUCCUUACCAGUGAGCGUUUAGAUGGACUGGUAUCCCUUUUUAACACCAAGCAUUUCAUAGGCAGAACAUGGGCGCUAGAGCCACCAUCGCGUACAGCGCGUUGCAGCAUCCUAAAGGCACUGCUAAAAGAAAGGGGGGUAGAUCCGGAAAUUGCGGAAGGAGAGCUCACAGUAGACACCGAUGGAUACUCCCCUGCAGACUUGUCGGGCCUGGUAGACAAACUAUUCCACGAAGUGCUAACAAAAGAUAUCUCUGACGCGCCGCCGGAACUACCCGUCGCGGCUUCAAAAGCAGCUGUUACUGCCGCUCUCUCGUCAUACACCCCGAUUUCCCUCCGCGGAAUAAAGCUCAUGCGUGAUACCGGCGUCAGAUGGGACAGCAUUGGCGCUUUGCACGGCCCCAAGCGUCUCCUUCUCGAAACAUUGGAAUGGCCUUCCAAGUAUGCACCCGUGUUUGCUCAAUGCCCGCUACGUCUACGUUCUGGAAUCUUACUAUAUGGGUUCCCCGGCUGCGGUAAAACCCUGUUAGCUAGCGCCGUCGCUCAGCAAUGCGGUUUGAAUUUCAUCUCCAUCAAGGGCCCUGAAAUCCUAAACAAGUAUAUCGGUGCCAGUGAGCAGAGCGUUCGCGAACUCUUCGAGAAGGCACAGGCUGCAAAGCCUUGUGUUCUCUUCUUCGAUGAGUUCGACUCGAUUGCACCCAAGCGUGGCCAUGAUUCCACGGGCGUCACGGACCGGGUGGUUAAUCAACUACUUACCCAAAUGGAUGGUGCAGAAGGGCUGGACGGUGUCUACGUACUUGCCGCAACCAGCAGACCAGACCUCAUUGAUCCAGCGCUUCUAAGACCAGGAAGGUUAGACAAGAGUGUCCUAUGCAAUAUGCCAGAUGAAAAUGAGCGUCUGGAAAUUUUAGCCGCUAUAAUAAAUUCGGCCAACAUGAAUGUUGAGCCCGGUCUGGACCUAAAAACCAUCGCGAAAAAGUCCGUCGGAUAUUCCGGUGCUGACUUACAGGCGGUAUGCUACAACGCUCACCUAAACGCGGUCCACCGUGACUUAGAACAGAAACAAAGUAGCCGCGCAGCCGAUAAGUCUCCACAAACUAAAGAAUACAUAUUAGUCAAUGGAAUAACACCGCGGAUACCGGAACUAAAAGCCGUGUCCGCAAAAUCCGCGGUUGAACCAUCGGACACCGAGACAGAGACCAAUAUUGGACCGCUCAUCAAUGCCCAAGAUCUCAAGACAGCCAUGGAUGAGGCAAGGCACAGCUUAUCAACUACUGAGCGGAAGAGGCUUCAAGCUGUUUACGACCAAUUUAUUAACGCCCGAGAUGGUAAUCUGCCCACGGGGGAAGCUGAUAACGAGAUUGGUUCACGAACUAGUCUAAUGUAG